CCGAGGCGGGCUCCCUCCGGGGUACUCCCCCGGCCAUCGCACCCGGGUGCGAGACGGCCUCGCUCCCAGCUGCCUUGCGGGGGGCCACAGGGGUGGGGCACUAUGCCCCGCUCCACCUCCGCGGUUGCCAAGGCAACGGCUGGACGCGCCAGUCCCAUGCUGCGGCGCUACGCCUGCUGCGCGCGGUGCGGAGAGCGGGUGGGGAGGUCGGCUUUUCAGUCCCGCCUCCGGCCAUGUCCUCGCUACGCAGCGCCAAACCCUGGCUGAGGAGCUACUUCAAGGAGAACUACAUUCCUCAGGUCUGCGAGGCUCUGUUAUGUGGUCUGCUUGUUACAUGUCCUGAGGAUCCUUUGGGAUAUUUGGAAGAAAAACUGAAGGUUAUAAUGGAAACUGGACUCGAAAGUCUUCUUUGGGAUAUGUGCAUUGAUCCAUCAAUGAAACCAAAAAUUCAGAGAUUAUCUGAAACUUAUUUGGAACAACUUUUUGGACUGGAUGAUCAGCUGAUGACUCCAGAAUUGAUGGUAAAAGCAUGUACCUUUUACACUGGAAGAUUAAAAAAGACUCACUUUCGCACUUGGAGAGACAUAGCAAUACCUCAUGCAAGUGAAGAUGACAGCAUAGUUGAAAAAAUGGAAAAAGCAAUAAAAUAUAAAAAUUUCAAACUUCAAAGAUUGGUAUUUCAUUAUUGGCACUCACAUGUGGAAAAACAACAACAACAGCGUAAAGAUACACUCUUGUGGAUACAAAAGAUGUUCCAUAUUCAAAGGCUAAUAAUUAUCUUAAGAAAAUGGCGAGAUAAUGCAAGCCAUAUGACUAAAAAGAGAGAAGAUGAUCUGUUGUUAAAACAUGAACUUCAAUUGAGAAUAUGGAAAAAUAAGUUAAAAUUAAAAGUGUCUGAGGAAGAAAAGCCCAUUUCUCCUCAACAAAGUUUAUCUCACAUCACAGUAGAAGGUGAGACUCAUCCAUGUGACAUUUCACGGUUACCCCCAAGAGCAAUAUUACAGAUUUUCCUCUACCUCACUUUAAGAGAUAUUGUAAUGUGUGGUCGAGUUAGUCGUUCCUGGUUGUCCAUGACACAGUCAGGAUCAUUGUGGAAUGCUAUUGAUUUUUCCACAGUAAGAAAUGUGAUUGCAGAUAAACAUAUAGUGUCUACUUUGCAAAGGUGGCGUCUAAAUGUGCUGCGUUUGAAUUUUCGUGGUUGUCAUCUCCGAAUGAAAACUUUGAGAUCUGUCAGCCACUGUAGAAAUUUGCAGGAGUUGAAUAUCUCAGACUGCCCAACACUCACAGAUGAAUCAAUGAGACACAUCUCCGAAGGCUGCCCUGGGGUCCUGUAUCUCAAUCUGUCUAACACAGCUAUCACCAACAGGACCAUGCGUCUCCUGCCCAGGCAUUUCCACAACUUACAGAAUCUUAGUUUGGCUUAUUGCAAAAAGUUCACAGACAAAGGCUUACAGUACCUGAAUUUAGGGAAUGGAUGCCACAAGCUCAUCUAUCUGGACCUUUCCGGCUGCACCCAGAUUUCAGUCCAAGGCUUCAGGAACAUUGCAACCAGCUGCACCGGAAUCAUGCAUCUGACCAUCAAUGACAUGCCAACUCUAACAGAUAACUGUAUAAAAGCUUUAGUUGAAAAGUGCCUGCGUCUUACAUCAGUGGUUUUCACUGGUGCGCCACAUAUCUCCGAUUGUGCUUUCAAAGCUCUUUCCACUUGUAACCUCAGAAAGAUCCGAUUUGAAGGAAAUAAAAGGAUUACUGAUGCAUGCUUCAAAUUUAUAGACAAACAUUAUCCAAAUAUCAACCACAUUUACAUGGUAGACUGCAAGGGAAUAACAGAUGGCAGCCUCAAGUCACUCUCACCUUUGAAGCAACUGACCGUGUUGAAUUUGGCAAAUUGUAUAAGAAUUGGUGAUGUGGGACUAAGGCAAUUUCUUGAUGGUCCUGUGAGCAGCAAGAUAAGAGAGCUUAAUUUAAGUAACUGUAUCCACCUGGGUGAUGCGUCUAUUGUGAAACUCUCAGAGUGGUGCUCUAAUUUAACCUAUUUGAAUUUACGAAAUUGUGAACAUUUAUCAGAUUUAGGAAUAGAGCAUAUUAUAAGCAUCUGUUCCUUGGUGUCAUUAGAUGUCUUUGGAACGGGCAUCAGCAAUGAGGGUUUGAUGACACUUUCCAGACAUAAAAAGUUGAAGGAACUUUCUCUGUCCGAGUGUUAUAAAAUCACCGAUGAGGGAAUUCAGGCAUUUUGCAAAGGCUCCCUGAACUUGGAACACUUGGAUAUCUCUUAUUGCUUCCAGUUGUCAGAUCAGAUUAUUAAAGCCCUGGCCAUUUACUGUAUUAGGCUCACAUCUCUCAGCAUUGCUGGCUGUCCGCAGAUUACUGACUCAGCAAUGGAGAUGUUAUCGGCCAAAUGCUGUUAUCUGCACAUUUUGGAUAUCUCUGGUUGUAUCCUGCUUACUGACCUUGAGAGAGGCUGCAAACAACUCCGGAUCCUUAAGAUGAGAUACUGCAGAAAUAUUUCCAUGGAGGCAGCUAUCAGAAUGUCAUCUAAAGUUCGGCGGCAGGAAUACAGUCCUGAUGAUCCUCCACAUUGGUUUGGCUAUGACUUCGAAGGCAAACCUCUUACACAACAACACAAUAUAACAACACUUAAAGGUAAAGUAGAAUUGACAACGAAAGAGGCAAUGCACGGUAGUGAAGAGGGAGCAGUAUGACCUUCAGCCUCCAGCACAAAGAACAAAAAAUCUAGAACUUGGCAACUUUACUUUAUUUAAUACAAUUCUUGUAAACUAGCUGGAUUUCAGUCACAAUGUAAACAAGCAGCAAAUCAACUCCUGAAUCUUACUCCAAUUACAAAUAUUCCUAAAUACAUGGUUAGUUCUAUCUAAAUAAUCAUAAUACUAUGUAAAUU